AUGGUGGUUGAAGGCUGGAGGAAACAUGAGCAGGAGAAGAGUGAGGGAGUGAAGAGACUACAGCAAGAGAAGGAGCUGGCGGAGAGACGACAUACAAAGCAGCAAGAGACCCUUGGUCAAUUAGAGCAGUCUCUUGCUCAGGUUGCCGAGGCCCUGGAGCAAGAGCAGAAACACACUGAGGAACUACAGAUAACCAACAGACAGCUGGACCUGCGGCUGGUGGAGUUGGAAGGGUCUCUGUGUGAUUGUAGGCGUGAGUGUGAGCUCUUGUGUGUGGAGCGAGACGAGUUGCAUCUACAUGCCCAGGAAGCCCAGACUGCUCUGACCUGCCUCCAGGAGCAAACAGCCAAUGAGAGAAGAUCGCUGGAGGACCAGACAGUCCAGCUAGCCAAUCAACUACAAGAGGAGAGGGAGUGCAAGCAGCGAGAGGAGCAGCAUUUGUUGGAGGUAAGACAGGUGUUGGAGGAGGUGAGGGGAGAGUUGGCCAAAGUGAGGGGGAGACUGCUACAGCUGGAGGAGGAGAAACUGGAGGCGCGGAGAGAGUGGGACACGGAGCGCAUGGACUGGGCUCUGGAACAGGCCCGAUUUGAAGCCCAGCAUUCUCAGUUGGAAGUAAAGCUGAAACAGGAGACUGAGAGACUGUCAGCUUCACAGCAGGAACACAUUGCCCUGAAAGAACAGCACAGGAAUCAGCUGCUGGAUCUGAGUGCUCGCCAUGUGAGAGAACUUUCCUCCCAGUUACAGCAACACCAGCAGCACACACGGACACUCACCCAGGACUACCAGACCAGGCUGGCCCACUCCAAGCAGCAGUCUGUUUUGUUGGAGGAGAGCAGGAGGAGGCUCGAAGGGCAGAGAGAGGAGCUUGUGAGCAGACUGCAGAGUUUACUACGCUCCCAUUGGACAGAAGCACUGAGACUGCUCAGCACACAGGCAGAAGGGUCUUCUCUUCCUUCGCUGUGGGACGAGCCCAAAGACUGGAUGAACCAACAUCUACUACAGGAACCAUCAUCUAAUUCACACAUUACAGUACAGUACAGAGCUGCAGCUGACACGCACAUGGUGCAGAGAGAGCAGGAGGGGGAGGAAGUUGCUCGCUUGGCACAAGAUGCUCAAGCAGUGGUCCUCCGACUCUCCAGAGAGAGAGGUGAAUUAAGUGGAGAGGGUGAAGCAAGAGCGAUAACAGAGGGAAGAGAGAGAAGUUGGGAGAGAGCGGCAGGAAGAGAAGAGAGUAGAAACCUCAGCGUGCUGAACCACACUCUCUCCUUCAACCUUCUGGAGCCACAACUAGACACCACCAACAUGACAGUCUAA